AAUUAUUAUAAACGAUAUAAACACUUGUCUAGCUUGUCUAACUUGUCUACAAUGGAAAUAUAAUAAAAGAACAAUUUUAAAAAGUGUGUUAAAAGUGUCACAAUAAAAAAAAAUUGUGAAGAAAUGGGCAUUGGCAAAGAGAAAAAUAUGGAGGCGAUUUGUGAGAAUCUGGAUAAAUUAACAAUGAAGAAUCUCGAAUUAAUGGAGGAGAAAAUUUCCGCAAAUAUUGAAAUGGAAACAAUUUUACGUGAUGGUCAUAUUGAAUUGGCAAAGGCUCGUUAUAUACGUGGAAAAGAAAGUAUUGGACGUUUACAAAUUCCCACCGCAGACGAAGAAAUAGAAUCACUAUUUCAAUUGGAAACAAUAAAAUCAAAUGAAAUGGACGUUCCAGUUUUUGAUAUUAGUCUAAAAAAAUCGACAAACACCGAGAAAGUAAUUUCAAAUCCAAUAAAAAGAUUUGGAGUUCUUGUGCCUCAGAAUUUGAAGAAUGCUCAGAAACGUUUUCAAGAAUCACUAUUUAUCGCAGCUAAAAUUGCAAAUGUUUCCGCACAAAUUCUCAACAAUGAAAAUGAAUUUCAAUCAUUAAUGAAGGAGAAAGAAAAAAUUUCAAGUACCGAAAAUAAAGAAAAUAAAUCCAACUAACAAUUUUUAUAUUCGUUAUAAUUA